AUGGAACCCGACCCCAAAUUGCUUCUAGCAAGAAUCGAACGCACGACUUCAUUAGGCACCAUCGGUAAGGGUUGCAUCUCUUUGUCCACGCUCUCUCAUCGUUCCUGAUCUCGGCGGUGUCUGAAAACCCCGUGGGUUAUUUUUCAGCCCCCUCGUUCUUUUUGGGCUACAGAAGCGAUUUCUUCUUCUUCUUCUUCACAAAGGUUGUUCGACUCGUUCUUCUUCUCCUCUGAUUUCUUCUUGCUUCAACUAGUUCUUCUUCUUCUUUUACAAAGGAACACCUUAAACAAAGGGAUCUGUCUUUUGUAUUCAGGUUACAGGGUGCUGAUAAUUCAACACUUUAUGGGUGCUGUGUCUUAGUUGAUGAAUUAGUGCAAAAGCCCUCUGGAUUCCUCUACCUGAUUUCGGAUAAGCAGUCGUCUCACUCUUCUUUGAGACGCCAUAUACUAAUCACACGGAGAUGUUACUGCAUUCUCUCAAGGCUCCCAUUUUUUGAACUUCACUUUGGCGUAUUGAAUAGCUCUUUGUUUCGUAGCUGUAUCCACUGUUGCGGCCUUUGUUGGGCAACACUUAGUGAGAAAGCUGAUUGCCAUAUUAGGGAGAGCAUCAUUGAUUAUUUUCAUUCUGGCCGGCACAGUUUUUGUGAGCGCAAUAUCACUAGGCAUUGGUACAUUCUAGAAAUCUGGAAAAUGCUUUCUGGGGUUAAAUUUAUUCCCCGUGACAAGAUGCAAGAUGAGGACUUGGAUUCUAUCUCGAAAGAGAGGAAAAAAUCAGAUAGUAGCAGGAAAAAGAAUAAGGGGAAAGAGAAGAGAUCUAGAAACAGCUCUUCUGAUGAUGAAGAGCUUGCUAAGAUAAAGAAAGGCUCUAGAAAGAAGAAGUGGUAUUCAUCCGAUGAAAAUUCUUCGUUUUACACAACUGAAAGCGAAAGAGAAAGUGAGCAAGAUGAAAAGAAGAGAAGGAGGAAAGCAAAAAAGAAAAGGGAUGAUGGUUCAUCUCAUGAUUCUGGUGAAAGGUCUAAAAGAAGAUCAAGAUCGAGGAGUGGUAAAAAAGAAUAUACAUCUGAGGAAAGCUCUUUGCCUUCUUCUGAUGGUGGUGAUAGUUUUUCGGAUAGGCAAGGGGAGGGCCGAAAGUCAGAUAGAAAAGAUAGGAGUAAAAAGAACAAGAUCAAAGGCGAACCUACCAAUGUCGCAUUAGAUUCUGUAAGUAAGAUGGAAAUUGCAAGAAAGGAAAUGGGAUUGGAUUGGAUGCUUAGGUCUGAAAGUAAGAGACCUGCGAUUUCAGAAACAGAGGAGCAAUUGCCAGAGGAAGUUCCAGUUGAGGAAUCAAAGAAGGAGAAUACUAGAGAAUUAAAUCCAUAUUUGAAGGAUGAUGGAAGUGGUUACCCGGAAGAAAGUGAUGGGGCUAAAGUUGGUGUAGACCAACUUCUAUCUUCUUCCCUUGUUGGGGAUGGAGGAGCAAGUUGGAGACUUAAAGCUUUAAAACGUGCACAAGAGCAAGCUUCUCGCGAAGGACGAAACUUUCAAGAGGUUGUGCAAGAAAGGUGGGGUUCUCUUGGUGAGUUGACUGCAUCUGUUGCAUCACAUGCAGCUGCCCCAGCUCGUGCUCAUCUACGUGCUAUAAAAAGUAGACAAAGAGGGACAACUGAAGAAAAUUCACCAAAUUCUGAUAAGUAUAGCCGAAGGGAUUCUAGAAGGGACUACUUAAAGGGUGUUUCUGUCCAUCGUGAAAUGAAAGCACCUAAAGUUCAAGAUUCUUUAUCUUGGGGAAAGCGAAAAGCCAAACAUGUUGAGGGUGCUGAUGUCAUAUCUGCUGCAGCAUCUAGCCUAAAUAAGUUUACUAAUGAUGGAAGUUUUAUGCUUGAAUUUGCUAGCAAGAAGAGUAAUGAUUCUGAUGGUUCUGUUUUGGAAAGUAUUGAAUCGGAAAAGGUUUCAUCGGAACUAAACACACUGGGUGAAAGAAAUGCAGUAGUCAAGAAUGAAAUGAGUGCAAACCAGUUGGCAGCUAAGGCUAUGCAACUUCGUCUGAAAGGAAAGCAUGAAGAAGCUGAGAAAUUAAUGCAAGAAGCAAAGGUUAUGAACACAAAACAGGGAAAUCAAGAUCAUACGAUUAGAUCAAGAACUGGGGGAAGUUCUAGCAGAUAUGAUAUGCAAAAGGUAUCUGCUCAACAGAAGAAAGGAGAGGAUGAUACUGAUAUGCAUCUUGCUCGCAAGAUUAUGCAGAACAAGCAAUUUAGGGUUUCUACUCAGGCUGAUGAUGAAUAUGACUUUGAAGAUGGUCAAAGCAGAAAGAGUAGAAAGAAGCAAGGAGGUGAUGAUCGCAAGAUUAUCCAAAAAAACACAAAUACAAAUCGAUUCUUGACCCAGCAAGAGCGCUGCCUCUUUUGUAUAGAGAAUCCAAAUCGGCCAAUGCAUCUUGUUGUGUCAAUUGCAAAUUUCACAUAUCUUAUGUUGCCACAAUGGCAACCUGUGGUGCCUGGUCAUUGCUGCAUUUUACCCAUUCAGCAUGAACCAGCUACAAGAACGGUUGAUGAUAAUGUGUGGAUAGAAAUUCGAAACUUCAAGAAAUGCCUAAUUAUGAUGUUUGCAAAGCAAGAGAAGGAGGUAGUGUUUCUUGAAACUGUGAUGGGAUUGGCACAACAACGACGGCAUUGUAUGGUUGAGUGCAUUCCUUUACCCCAAGAUAUUGCCAAAGAGGCUCCUUUAUACUUUAAAAAGGCAAUUGAUGAAGCUGAAGAUGAGUGGAGCCAGCAUAAUGCCAAGAAACUAAUUGAUACAAGUCAAAAGGGAUUGCGCAAUUCAAUACCCAAGCACUUUCCGUAUUUUCACGUAGAAUUUGGUCUAAACAAAGGUUUUGUCCAUGUUAUUGAUGAUGAAAAGCAGUUCAAGAGCAGCCUUGGCCUGAAUGUCAUAAGAGGCAUGCUACAUUUGGCAGAGGAAGACAUGUAUCGGCGUCGACGCUACGAGGAAUUAGAUGUACAAAAGCAAGCAGUUGCUACCUUUUCCAAGGAGUGGGAACAUUUUGACUGGACAAAGCAACUUCAUCAAACAUCUUAACAGAGCAUUGUACAGAUUUGCUUUUUACACUUUAUCUUAACAUCUUAUGAUGUAGGUUAACAUUUGCUUAUGCAUCGUGGCAUGCUAAUAGAAAUGAAUUUUGUAUAACUCCUAAAACAAAACAAAACAAAAAAAGAAAGAAAAAGAAAAGAAUGUUUAUUCUUUGUUCAUGUAUACGUUCAGUUCACUGGUCAUUCCCGCUCCUUCCGUUCAUGACAAGAAUGGGUUGCUUUUCAUUUACUAUCAGG